AGCUGGAUUUGUGCAGACGGUCUAACGGCGGAUGCUCAGAGUUUGCCGUUUGUACCAAAGUGGCAGCGGGAAUGAGGACCUGUACCUGUAAACAGGGGUACACUGGAGAUGGGGUCAUCUGCCUCGAGAUUGACGGCUGUCUGAUCAAGAAUGGAGGCUGCCACAAGAAUGCGGAGUGCAUCAGAGCAGGACCCAACAUUACCUCCUGCAACUGUAAACUGGGCUUCCAAGGAUCGGGGAGAUACUGUUGGCCUGUGAACCCCUGCAGAAAUAACAACGGUGAAUGUAGCAGGAACGCUCGCUGUGAGUACAUGGGCAUGGGUCAGAGGAACUGCACCUGCCACAGAGGCUAUAUAGGUGAUGGCAUUAAUUGCCGGGGAAGCACCAACUCUGAAGUGUCCAGUCAGAAAGAGAACGCCUUCUUUCGUCAAAUGAUGAUGUUGUCAGGCAUUUCAGGUCUUUAUGGUGAUGGACCAUACACUGUCUUCGUCCCGGUAGAGGAAAACAACAACAUCUCCAUUGUUAAUGUUUGGAAGCAGAACGGUCAUAUUGAGGAUCUGGUUCGUUCCCACAUCGUUUCCUGUGAGAUUCUGACCUCGAAUGACUUCAAAACCACUGAGCGUGCUGUCUCAGUAUCAGGACACACAUUGCACUUCAGCCUGAUAGGGGAUUCGAUCUUCAUCAACAACAGGUCGAGGAUCGUGAAGAGCGAUUACACCACAUUUAAUGGAAUCAUUCACCACAUCGACUUGAUGCUGACACCUUACGCUCUGGAGGAGAAACCGCCGAUUAAUCCCAAAACGAUGAACUUAACCACAGCAGCUUCAGUUUAUGGCUACAGCAGCUUCUACCAACUCAUAGAGAUUGCAGGCCUCCUCCCUACACUCAAUAUGGCCGUCCACCAACCAUUCACCGUGUUUUGGCCCACAAACAAGGCCAUGGAGUCCUUGCCACCUGAAAGGCAGCUCUGGCUCAUCCACCCUUUACACCGGGACCGGCUGGCUGCCACCUUAAAGGCUCACAUCAUUCGCAACUCAAAGGUGACAAAUGUUGGACUGCCGAUUAAAUUUUCAUCCUUCCGCACGAUGCAUGGAUCCACCAUCAAGUUCAGCUGUGACCGGAGCCUGGUGGGUUCAAUAGUAAUAAAUGAAAAUGAGGCCAAGGUAGUGGACCGCUACCUGAACUUCCAGAAUGGCGUGGCCUAUGGCAUCGACCAGCUGCUGGAACCUGCUGGCCUCGGGGCAUUCUGUGACACCAUCGAGAACAGAACCACUUACGGGCGCUGUGGAAGCUGCACCUUCACCCCGUCCUGUCCCUUCAAACACUAUGACACGGGAAAGACGGAGCGCUGUUUGAACUUGCGCUCCAGGUAUCGCUACUCAUACUUGUAUGAUGACCUGGAUCGUUUCAGCAGAUAUGGCUGUAGGAGAGUUUGUAGCUUUCCAGGCUGGGUACAGAAGUGCUGCAAAAACCACUUCGGGCGAGACUGUCAAGUUUGUUCAGGUGGUUUGGAGGCCCCUUGUGGCAAACAUGGCGACUGCAACGACGGUAAUCUCGGUACUGGAACAUGUAGAUGCCACACCGGAUUCAGAGGGGAAUCCUGCGAACUGUGUGUCGCUGGGUUCUAUGGCCCUAACUGCACAGCCUGUUCCUGCAGGAACCAGGGAAGGUGCAAUGAUGGCAUUGGAGGAUCUGGACAGUGUAUCUGCAAGCCGGGCUGGGAGGGCAAUCGCUGCCAGAACAGAAUAGGCUCAAUCCCAGAGGAGUGCCGGCAGUGCCACGCUCUGGCUGACUGUGUGCUAGGUGCUGGUUGUCUGUGUAAACCGGGAUUCCAGGGGAAUGGCACCUUCUGCACUCCAGAGCCACCUCCAGACCUUUGCUCCGAGUACAACGGCGGCUGCCAUGUGAAUGCGGACUGCAACCAGACGGGACUCGUCGUCAACUGCACCUGCCGCAGUGAUUACCAGGGAGAUGGCUACUCCUGCAGUCCCAUUAACAGAUGUACUGAAGAGCCAAAUGGUGGCUGCAGCGACUUUGCCUCCUGCAAGUUCACUGGUCCAAAUGAACGGGAGUGCGAGUGCUUGCCGGGGUAUGUAGGUAAUGGAGUCCAGUGUUUGGAGAAGAUGGUGCCCCCUGUUGACCGCUGCUUGGAAGACAAUGGAGGCUGUGACCCUGUGGCGAUCUGCAAGGACCUGCAUUACCACGAAAACAGAGCCGGAGUCUUCCACCUGCGCUCUCCAAAGGGGAGGUACCAGAUGAACUUCAGUCAGGCCGACGCCGAGUGCAAGGCUGAGGGCGCCACGUUGGCUACCGUUAAACAGAUGGGAGACGCACAGCAGCUCGGGAUGCAUCUGUGUGUGGCUGGCUGGCUGGACGGGGGGAAGGCGGGAUACCCGAUCCGCUACCCCUCGGUCAUGUGUGGAGACAACCACGUGGGUCUCGUAUUGUACAAAGAACCCAUGGACCAGAGCAGCAAGUAUGACGCCUACUGCUACAGGCUCAGAGAUGUCUCAUGUGCGUGCCCUCCUGAUUACGUUGGAAAUGGAGAUUUCUGUAACGGAGUCCUGACCAGCGUCCUUGCAACGUACAGCAACAUCUCCAUCUUUUACAAGAUGUUGUUGGAGUACAGCGGCACGUCCUCAGAGGGCAGUCAACUUGUCAAGUUUCUUUCUCACAGGAAGGCUGAAGUCACGCUGUUUGUCCCUCAUAACACCGGCUUUGCUCCAAAUCAGUCUUUGUCUGGAAGAGACCUGGAGUAUCACAUCUCAGCCAAUCGGAGCAGAUGGCCAUUUAAGGAGCUGAAUCAUCAGACGGUCAUCACAUCGAGGCUCGGGUUCAACCUCACUGUUACUCAGGGCAACAAUGAGAGCUCUAAACUAGUGAAUGAGCGGUUGCUGCUGGAGUGGGACAUUCCUGCCAUAAACGGGAUCAUCCACAUCAUUGAGGCCCCGCUGACAGCACCUCCCCCACCGAGCUACCAUAACACUUCCCUAGGCCACGCCCACUCAAGCACAACAGUGACGGCCAUCUUGGUGACGUUGAUGUUGGUGUGUGCACUGGCUGCACUCGGCUGCUAUGUCUUCAAACACAAGACUGAUGCCUUCCGCUUCCACUACUUCAGAAAUGAGGAUGAGGAUGGUGCAACAGGAGGUAGGCCCAAACCCACACUGGUCUCCAUCCCCAACCCUCUCUACGUCAGCUCUAGAGCCUUAGCUGAGCCAUUUGAGGACACCAAUCAGGAGGUGGAGCCAGAAGAACCGCCAAAUAUUCUCGACCUGGGCCAUUAAAACCAGCUGACCCAGUAUAACUGGAGCUGGCUGUUAACAAACCACAAUAACUCAGUGACUUCAUCUUGCUUUAGAAAUUUCCACACAGUUUAACUGUAAUCAAUUAUGGAAUAAAAGUUUACUAAACCCAAAUCCUCUCUGGGUAAAAAACCUCAGUCCGUGUUUUUAUUGUGUUAAAUAAUUGUUCAAAAAAGUGUCGUUCCUCUAACAGCCACUAAAGGCUGGCUCCAAAGGUGAGUCAGUCCCUACAGAGUCCCAUGUUCAACACAGUUACACCUGGUUUUGGAUAAUUUCUCCCUUAGUAAAAAAAUCUCAGGUGAAUCUUAUCCAUUUUCAUUUGGUAAGGCUUAAUGUAAGGGGCAUGACUGUUCUGGCUAAUAGGUGGUGAAACUAUGGAGAACAGUUAAUAUUUUUGUAGGAUAGCCAUUAAUUCAGGAUACUGCGUUUGGCUGCGUUUGGAUAGUGACAGCCAGGAGAUUUCCAGGAAAAACAGAAGUUGGUAGAUAUGACCUAUCAUUGUGUUUGUGCUGCUGGUGCCUUAAGAAGAAGCAUUUUAAAUAGAUUAUCUGAUGAAUAUUGUGGACUUCUGUGUGAUACAGUUGAUCAAAGUUUGAGAUUCUGUGAGUCAAUUUCUGAUAUUGCAUUAGUCUAUUCCUUACCUCUAACUGAACCUAACCCACACAGUUUAUAUGGCUGGUGAGUGUUAGCUAGCUUAAUACUCUACUUUCUUGUCUAAAUACGGUCACUUCUGGCUCAAAAUACCAAAAAUAACUCUUCAAAUUGUGGAGUCCCUCAUCUCUCCCUGUAAAGGAACUGAAUUCUUACAGAUAAUAUUUCCUGUGAACAGGCAGUCAGUCUCAUCAGGAAUGUGCCAGACCAACUUUGGUUCUUUUACCUCUGCACAUCAGAAAAACUAGUCAGUUAAAUAUAUUGUCGGAAAAGCACACAACCCUACCCAGACCACAAAGGGCAUAAAAUACAGAUAUAGCCAAUGUGGCAUUGUCGAAUGAUUAGUGAAGUCCCAUUAUGAAGUCUUAGACUGAGUGAUUUCACUGUUGCUAAUUGCUAACAUUAUGCAUUAUUAUUGAUAGCCUGUGUCUCUUGUGUCUUCAAUUCAAUUCAAUUCAAUUUUAUUUAUAUAGC